AUGUCUCAGGACCGCGCGGAGCCAGCGAAUACCGUGGUGCUGGAAGAGCUGGCAGGCUGGUCCGAGGACCUAUGCCGUCAGGAACUGCCUUCCGUCCUACCCCAACUUCUCUCUAUAUAUCAAUGUUCUGACAACUGGAAUGAACACAUACGAGUUCUGAAGAUGCUUACAGAAAUGUUUUUACCUCAUAUCAACUACUUAUCAUUGGAACAGACAUUUUUUUCACAAGUGUUACCAAAGACUGUAAAAUUAUUUGAUGAUAUGAUGUAUGAUUUAUCCAGUCAGGCAAGAGAAUUAUCAAGCCAAAAUUUAGAACUCCAGGCUACACUAAGGAAUAUUUUACAAUCAAUGGUGCAACUCUUAGGAGCUCUUAGAGGAUGUGUACAACAUGUUUGUACCAUGCAAGAAUCCAUAGUUCUAGAGAAUAUACACAGCCUUCCCUCUUCGGUCCUUCACGUAAUCAAGAGCACAUUUGUACAUUGCAAGUUUCAGAUCUUCUUCAGGCCCUUUUCAAAGAGGCUUAUUCCCUUCAGAAGCACUUAA